AUGUUCACCUACUUUGCUCUUCUCAUUCUCGCCUUGAUGGCUUUUCUUGCUUCAAUAGUGGAAGCCUCCCUCUUCUCACAAUCGGAUGUAAAGCUUACCUUCUACUAUGACAUUGGCGAUAAAGGUCAAUGCGGUAAAUCUGCUGGAGAUCCUGUCCAAGAAGGCUGGGCAGACAUAUCAGGUAUCAAUAAAGGGGUGACUUAUUGUGAACAACAAAGAGGUAUGGCAUUGGACCAGAUUGGAACCAAUCGAAUAGUCGCAUUCGAUCAAGACAAAGUAUGGUCUGAUCCUGCUAAAUGGUGUGGCAGAGAAGUCAAGGUGUACGGUCCCGAUGGAGGUGAAUUGAUCCUUCCCGAAGGUCCAUUCUAUAUUUGGGAUUCUUGUCAAAAUUGCGCAGGUGGCGGCAAGAUUCUCGAUGUAUCUGCCGAAGCUUUCGUUAAUGCUAAAGGGGGUAAUUGUGGCGGAAACAAUCCAACCGGAUAUUCAUACGAUGUAAUGGACAACUACAUUGUUGAUUCAUCUGUUGGAUUAGGUACUAAAGGUACUUCUGGAAGUACACCUCAGCUAUCUUCUUCCACACCCACACCAGAUUUUACUUCUACUUCAUCUGUUGUACCUUCCUCGACGGAUGGUGGAUAUACUGCUACUUCAACUCGUAGGACUUCAACUCGGAAGGAUAUCUCUACCUCAACGAUUGUUCCCACAGCCACAGUAGAACCGUCAAGCACUUCUGCACAUCUCGCAGCGACAUCAUCCGGAAAUGGACAUGGACAUAGACAUCAGCACGGUCACCAAGGAAGACCUUCUUCGAUCGCUCAGAUAGAUACUGAGGAGCUGUAUAGUACGACAGGAAAGAAGUGUCGGAGAAGAAUGAAGAAAAGACUUUCGAAACAAUAG